CCCUUUAAGCUUUCUGUCUCAGUCCUGGACAGGAAAACAAGAACACAGGCAGGCAGUUUGUGUACAGCCGGGCGGAGGCCAGAGACCGGCCGCCUACCUGUCACCUCUCGCCUGGAGCGGGCCACUGCCAAGUUGGCCCCAUGACUCCAAACGGGCGGAGCCUGGAUUGGGCCUGUGGGGAGGGCGCCACCAAAGUGGCCACUGGCAGCCCUGAGCCUCAGCUCUUAGACGCCUGGCUGGAAGUUGGCUGUCCUGUUUCCUGUGACCUUGGGAGUAGAAAGGACAGGGCCCAGGGGGCCUAGGGCACUAUCUCCCUUCCCCACGCCUUCUCCCUUCCUCGUUCCUCCCCACCCUUCUCGCUUCUACCCCGCCCACACCGCCCUAAACGGCUUCCUGGGGCGGAACUGUUUGGCUUUUCCCCGUCCUAGUUGGGGGUGGGGGGCGGGGGGUCGCAGCCCUAAGUCUCUGGGAGACAUGGAGCCCAGGAGGGCGGCGCCUGGGGCGCCUGGCUGGGGGUCUCGGGAGGCCGCGGGGUCGGGAACGGCCGCGGAGCUUGUGUACCAUCUAGCUGGGGCCCUGGGCACUGAGCUGCAGGAUCUGGCGCGCCGUUUUGGACCGGAGGCGGCGGCCGGGCUGGUGCCGCUAGUGGUGCCAGCGCUGGAGCUCUUGGAACAGGCUGCCGUGGGGCCCGCCCCGGACUCGCUGCAGGUGUCGGCGCAGCAAGCGGAGCAGGAGCUGCGGCGGCUGCGGGAGGAGAACGAGCGCCUCCGCAGGGAGCUGCGCGCGGGGCCACAGGAGGAGCGCGCGCUGCUGCGGCAGCUCAAGGAGGUCACGGACCGACAGCGUGACGAACUCCGGGCGCACAACUGCGACCUGCGGCAGCGCGGCCAGGAGACCGAGGCGUUGCAGGAGCAGCUGCAGCGCCUCCUGCUGGUGAACGCUGAGCUGCGGCACAAGCUGGCGGCAGUGCAGACCCAGCUGCGCGCCGCGCAGGACCGCGAGAGGGAGCUCCAGCAGCCUGGCGAAGCUGCGACUCCGCAGGCUAAAGAGCGAGCGCGGGGGCAGGCCGGGCGGCCCAGGCACCAGUACGGACAGGAGCCCGAAUGGGCGACCACCGGCGCAGGCGCCCCGGGGAACCCUGAGGACCCGGCAGAGGCUGCACAGCAGCUGGGGUGCCCCUCGGAGGCAGGGCAGUGCCGCUUCAGUCGGGAGGAGUUUGAGCAGAUCCUUCAGGAGAGGAAUGAACUCAAAGCCAAAGUGUUCCUGCUCAAGGAGGAGCUGGCCUACUUCCAGCGGGAGCUGCUCACAGACCACCGGGUCCCCGGCCUUCUGCUUGAGGCCAUGAAGGUGGCUGUCCGGAAGCAGCGGAAGAAGAUCAAGGCCAAGAUGUUAGGGACACCAGAGGAAGCAGAGAGCAGCUUUGGUCUAUGGUAUCGGGGUAAAGCCGAAUCCUCUGAGGAUGAGACCAGCAGCCCUGCACCCAGCAAGCUAGGGGGAGAAGAGGAGGCCCAACCACAGUCGCCAGCUCCUGAUCCGCCCUGUUCUGCCCUCCACGAACACCUUUGUCUGGGGGCCUCAGCCGCCCCAGAGGCCUGACUUAGGGGUCUGGCUGUGGAAGGAUGCGUGGUCUCAAAUGAGGACAGGGCUCCCGCCUUCGCAGCCCUCGCCAGGGGUCUGCCCCAAUCCUGGCCUGCACCAGGGCAGGACGGGGGCUCAGCCUGCCUCCCACUCUACGUCUGUACCGAGCCUCUGGGGCCAGAUACAAGAGUGCCUCUCUGCGUCUCAGUUUCCCCAUCCGUGAAAUGAGAGCUGACUGCCUAGCUCCCAGGGCUUUGUGCAGACGGCCUGAGCUCAUGUAAUAAAGAACUGCCCGUAAUACACAGAAA